UCCGCUCUAGUAGUAGUAGGUAUUGGAGACUGGAGCUAAGGCGGAAAGCAGGGGCUAGCUUCUUGUCGGAUGCCCUACAGUCGCUGCUGCCACCACCGACAUCCCCGAUGAGCACGCCGGCGUUCGACGUUCUCGGCAAGCACUGCGGCGUCGAAGAAUGCGAGCUGAUCGACUUCCUGCCCUUCAACUGCGACCGAUGCGAUCAGGUAUUCUGUCUGCACCACAGAAAUUCCACAGAACACCUUUGUCCAGUUGCCAACCAGAUAGAUAUGACUCUACUUAUUUGCCCACUCUGUGCUCAAGGGGUUCGCCUUCUUCCAAAUGAAGAUCCAGACAUCACUUGGGAUAUUCAUGUAAACUGUGAGUGCGACCCAUCAACUUAUCAGAAGGAUUCUAAGAAGAAAUGCUGUCCCGCCGCUGGAUGCAAGGAGAUCUUGUUCUUUUCAAACACCAUUCGAUGCAAGGAUUGCAACCAAGAGCAUUGUCUAAGGCAUAAAUUUGCGCCAGACCAUAACUGUGCUGGGCCAAAGAAACCCGAUAAUGGCUUCCCUUUCUUAGAUGUGCUAAGGAGAAGCCAGAAAAGUUUAUCCUCACCAAUUCAAACUUCAAAUGGCUCUGCAAAAUUGGGUUUAAAUUUUCUAAAUGCAGCAUCAACCAUUAGGGCCUCUGCUGAAGCUGGUAUGCAGAAACUGAGCAUUGCAACAAACCAAGCACUACGAAAGGCAAAAGAUGGAAUGACGCAGGGCCGUGGAGCAAGUGGUGAUCUUGUGGAGCAGUGCCUUCAAUGCCAAGAUAGAUUCUCUAAUGUGAAUGCUCUGAUUGAGCAUGUUGAGAAAGCACACAAACACACUGUACAGCAUGCUUUUAAUAUAGUGGCGAUUGAUGUUUGUCCUAUGUGCAGCGAAACAUUUAGAGAUCCAGUAUUGCUAGUGGAGCAUGUUGAAGAGGACCAUGGAGAUUCUACUGGGUUUAGAGGCUGACCCAGAGUUCUUUUAUCAAUCAGAAGCAUAAGCUGCAAUGCUACAGAAUCUGUGUAUAAUGCUUGAGGCUUUAGCAUGGAGGUGAUUUGUAACAUUUUUCUAAUAAUUCUGUUCAUUAAAAGUAUUUUUCUUAAGGAAUGUAAGUUUAUUUUCAUCUCCAUAAUGCUUAAGCUGAUGCAUUACACUGUUCAUCAUUGGAAAUUUCAUCAGUUGAUUGUUGUAUUGUGACUAUUUUUCCAUUGAUAUGUUUACUGAAGCUAUGAUUUAUUCCUAUUUCAUGUCAUAAAAUU